AUAAUAUAUAUGUACUUAUUCCCAUGUAUGCGUGAAAGCUUGAUUAGAUUGUUUUAACAAAAUUCAAUUGAAAUCUAUAGAGUUGAUCAAGUUCCAAUUGUUCAGUUCAUCAGUUACAGUGAAUAUAUGCAUACAUAUGUAUUUAUUUUAAGUGUCUGACAAUGACCGCAGUGAAGCCCGUGCUCUGCGUGGGCUGCACUGUAAUUGACUUUGUUACUAUCAAUGAAAGUUUCCCCACUGAGGAUACGGAUCGGCGAUGCCUAGACGGAUACUGGCAGCGUGGCGGAAACGCCUCUAACGUAAGCACAGUGCUUCGACUACUGGGAGCCAAUGUCGAUUUCUUUGGCAUGCUCAGUCGAUCGAACGGCUUCCGGGUGCUGUUGGAUGAUUUGGAUCAACGUGGCAUUGGCAUACAGCACUGUCCCAAGACGGAGAAAGACCCGCCGUUCUCUUCAGUGAUAAUUGUCAAGGAGACUGGUUCGCGCACCAUUGUGCACUGCAAUAAAAAUUAUCCAUAUAUAACGUGGGAGGACUUCAGGAAAAUAGAUCUUGAUCGCUACGGUUGGGUUCACUUUGAGGCACGUCAGUCCCAGGAAACAAUCAAAAUGAUAAAAACUGUGCAGGAGCACAAUCGGAAUCACAAUUCGAACAUUCUCAUCUCAUUAGAUUUUGAGACAACGUUUGAGAAAAAUCUACCACUGUGCGGCCUAUGCGACUAUGUUGUGUUUUCUAGUGAGCUGGCCAGCCAGCAGGGCUGGAAAAGCUCACAGGAAACGUGCUAUGCGCUUGCCAGCAGCUUAAAACCCGAAUGCCCUAGCAUAAUUUGUCCUUGGGGUAGCACAGGUGCUGCGUGUCUAGAUACCGUCUUCAAUAAGUUCUCGAAUGUGGCCGCCUUUAAGCCAGACCACAUCGUGGAUACACUUGGUGCCGGUGACAGCUUUAUGGCUGGAUUCAUAUACGCAACCUACGUGAUGCAGUGCAGCCUGUCGGAUGCUGUAAGUUUCGCUAACCGAGUGGCUGGCCACAAGAUCACAGAUUUUGGAUACGAUCACAUUGCCGAACUACAGGCAGACAACAAGCUUGCAACGAAGUGAACAUAGUU